UUUCUCUCCAUUCAUACUCUCUGUUUCCGAGCCCAGCCUUCUCCCAAGUUCCAACAAAACUCAGCUCAACUCAACUCAACAAGGCAUGUGAACCCGACCCUAUGCUGAAGGUGCGGCCGCUGGCAAUCUUCUACCUAUCGGAGCACCCCGCCAUCGUGGGGUUCAGAUGGAGCCACACCGAAUCUUGGGGCUCCACAUGGUCCUUCCUCUUCUCCUCUAUAGUCUCCUAUCUCUUCCUCUCUCUCUUCCUUCAUUUCUUUCUCUCACUCCUCUUGGGCCGCCAUCGCCCUAUCCCUCUUGGUUUUCUUCCCGCCCUCCACAGCCUCUCCAUGUCCCUCAUCUCUGCCACCAUCUUUGCUGGAAUAUUACUCUCCGCCGUUGCCGAGAUCCGCGACACUCGUUGGUUCUGGCAGCGCUCCAAAACCCCAUUUGAGUGGCUCCUCUGUUUCCCCCUCGGAACCCGACCCUCAGGCCGCGUCUUCUUCUGGUCGUACAUAUAUUACCUCUCCCGCUUCCUCCACGUGUUUCGCACAUUCAUUUCCAUCCUAAGACGUCGUAAGCUGUCGUUUUUUCAGCUCUUCAACCACUCCAUCUCAAUCCUUGUGUCCUUCCUCUGGCUCGAGUUCUCACAAUCGUUUCAGAUUCUCGCAAUUCUGUUUGCAACGCUGGGGUAUGCUGUUGUUUACGGUUACAGGUUCUGGACUGCCAUAGGUUUUCGCGGCGCGUGCUUCCCAUUCGUGCUCAAUUGCCAGAUUCUGUUGCUGAGUUGCAACGUGGCGUGCCAUGUUGGAGUAUUUUUACAGCAUUUCUUUUUCAGAGGUGGGUGUAAUGGGAUUGGCGCCUGGGUCUUCAAUUCUGUGCUCAACUUUGCGGUUCUUAUGCUGUUUCUUAACUUUUAUUUGAGGAGGUACCUUAACCGCAAUAGGAGAAUGGUUGAGGUUGAUGGUGUUAAUGGGGACCAGCCUAGUCCACCGCAUGUUCCUCCCGAUGCGAAACGGAAGUAGAAUCCUCUAAUUCAAUAAUAAAAUAAAUACAGGGUGGUUGAUUGCAAUCUGGGGUCCCAAGUUUGUUCCCUUUUUAUAGAGAAAGCGAGUAAGAAAACAUAGUGUUCUUAGCAGAACUAGUUGUAAUCUAGGAAGGUAGAACUUUUGGGUACCAAUAUAAUUUUAUGAAUGUGGUCUAUAUCAUAAAAAUCCUUGUGUAUUGAAAUUU